GCUUGUUGCUUUUUUCGCAGUUGUCUGGGCCUUCGUCCUAAUCGUUUGUUGUAAACCGUUUGGAAAUGAAUUCAGCGUCGAUCGUAUGGUUCCUGGGACUCUGUUCCACGUACGUUUCGGCAUUCUACUUGCCUGGCUUGGCACCCGUGAACUAUUGCAAGGAAUCGGCUCCAUCAUGCACGAAUAAAAUUGAGUUCUUUGUAAACAGACUCAAUUCUGAUGAAUCAGUGAUACCAUACGAAUACCAUUACUUUGACUUUUGUACAACUGAUGAAAGUAAAUCUCCRACUGAAAAUCUUGGGCAAGUUUUAUUUGGUGAAAGAAUUAGACCUUCUGGAUAUAAU